AUGCCUCACGGCGUGCUGGGUACGGCGCGCGGCUCGGCCGUGCUGUCGCGGCCCGCGGGGUGGAGGCUGAUCGCGAGCCUGCUUGCAUACGCGCCCUCCACAGCUGGCGCCAGCGCGCACGAGUGGGCCUGGUGCGUGGACUCGCUUGGGGACUGUCUUGCGGUGGCGCACAGGCUUCUGAGGCAGGCGGAGGAGGUGGAGCGCGCCUUCGAGACUGUUCGGGGCGUGGAGGUCCUAGACGUGGUGGUCGUUGGCGGCGCCCACGAGCUUUGCGCCACCAGCAGAGUCGCCGCUAGGGUGUCCCGCCAGCAGUACGAGGACUCGUGGACAAGCGCCUACGACUCAUCUGGGAACCUGGAGGCGGUGUUCAACGGCACUUGCUUCGCGGCAUCGCCCAGCGAGUGUGCGGAGUUGGUGCAGUGUUCGGAUCCCCGCAGGACUUUCCCACAGGAAGUCGACCCUUCCACCGGGCUGCACCGCUUCGUGCCAGAGCCGGGCGCAGUCAACCAUACCCUGUGGGCGGCCUGCCAGGAGGCCGCACUGGCCUGGCAGCUGGAGCAGGCCGCGCUGCUCGAUCUGCUGGCCCUCCAGAGCAGCGACCAGGACUCCGAGCAGGCCACGCUGCUGAAGGGCCAGCUGCGGGAGGCCGCCUCAGAGGUGAGCGACAAGCUGCUCGGGACCACCGGCGGCGUCGGCCUGGCCGCGCUCGCGCUGUGGCGAGCGCAGCGCUUCUCGCAGCUCGUUGACCCUUCGACUGCACCUGCCCCGGUCGACGGCUCUGGGCAGCUUCCCGUCAGCCUGCAGGGCCUCGCCAGCGCGGUCGAGGGCUUGGCCCUGGCCGCGCAGCAGGUCCAGGGCUCUCCGUGCAGCGCGGGCACGGACUGGGCCACGCUGCACGGGAGGGUCGUGGACGAACUGUCCCAGCAGACCGAGGUGUUUGCCGCCGUGAACGCUUCGCUGCUGCUGGACCCUGCAGGUUUUGACUACGCGCAGCGGGCCUCCGAGGCUGUCGCCGUUGGGGCAGCGGCGGCGCUGCAGGCAGCAGCCCUGGCUGCCCUCACAGAGUUCAAUUGCCUCACGAGUUACGACCCUUUCAACGUAGCGAUUCGGGACAUGUCGCACCUGCGGAAUGCUGCCCACUCACUUCUGCAGCGGCUUUGUGCUGUGCUGCCGCGUCCAGAGGUGGGUACCGCGUCGUCAGCGCCCGUGCAGGAGUGCUUCGCCCUGCGCGUCGAAGCGGCAGCCGCAGCAGUGCAGUCUGCCGCGGCAGGCGCCUCAACGGCGCAGCUCCUGCCUCUGGACUUCUGCAGCCGCCUGUUCAGCGCCACAGCGUACGUGAUCGUCGAGGUGAGCCCGUAUACCGGGGCGGCUCCCCAGGGCGCCGAUCUGACCUUUCUGUCCACGGGUGGCGAGCAGCGGCGCACCUACGCGGUUGCGGGCGGCGUUGCUUACAUGAGCCCGUACGUCAGCUUCGCCGAUAGGCUGGUGGACGACAGCACUUCUUUUGCUUCAGGGGACAAAGUGGUGGAGCUUCGCAGCAUUUCAGACGGGAGCGUUCACAGGAGUGCCGCGGACGGCUACUUCUCUCCAACCUGCAGCAACACGCUGGAGCCCUGUGCGCAGCCUGGAAACGUGGACAGCGCGCUCUCUCGAGCGCUCGCACGUUUUGUCUCGCCCGGUUUCGGGAGGGCGGACGGCUGCGAGAUGACUCUGGCAUUCCCGCUGGUUGCGGGGCCCGUGGUUCCGCAGUUCGCCCCUCCCUUCACGGCCGAGGCGUGGGUCAGCAUCGCGGUGGACGCGAUCCCUCACUCGAGCGCGAACGUGCCGAGCGUGGCUGUUAUCCUCGGGCGUGAGUCGGCGGACCACGCAGACAUCACGCGCUCGAGCAGCACCCGCGAGGACAGCAUCGUGCUCUCCGAGCCGACAACCUGGAGUCAGGUGUGGAGGCACGUAGCCGUCGUUGUCUCGAGCUCCUCGGCCAGCUCCCCGAAUGUGUUCUUCUAUGUGGACGGGGAGCUGAUCUCUUCUGCCAGACGAUCUGCCUCUGCUCUGGUGCAGCCGCUGCCCGCGGUGCACCCGGACCAGAACGGCGUCUUCCACGUAGGGCCGCCGAACAUGGACGCGGUAAUGUUUCCCGACGUUCUCGAGGAGGGCCGCACAGAGCCGUACUUCGAUCUGCCUGCCAGCGAGACGUUCUUCGACGCGUUGGUGGAUGAGGUCCGCGUGAGCAGCACAGCGCUCGACGGCCUGGCACAGGGAGCGAGGCUGACGCAGCUCCGUCGCCUGACCGUGUGCGACGUUCCCAGCGAGCGCCUCGAGGGCUCCACUUGCCUGCCGGCCGCACGGCUCACGCCGCCCUACGCCGUGAUCGACCAGUCGGCUUGCCAAGAGGGCUACGAGGAGUGCGGAGCACGGCCCGGCAUGUGCGUCCCGACCUGUGGCCCGAGCACGCUGCGCCAGCACGACUGCAGCUGCGACUGUCAGCCGGGGUACUUCCAGGCCUGGCUGGCGAAGGCUCUGCGCCUAUCAGGUUCUGGCAGCGUUGGCGCUGUCAUCGUCUACGGCGUCCAGCACAGCGUCCUCGGCAGCCUUCCCGAUGGAGGCUCUCUGCCCCUCAGCUUCGUGUUCGAGUCGGCCAAGCAGGUGGCUUUGCUGACGGUGGUGGGCGUCGGCUCAGCAACUUCGGUGACUUUGGAAAUCGAGACAGCCCAGGGCAUGAUAGUGCCAGUCCCGGAGUGGACCAGCGUGCCCUUGCCUUCCGAUCAGGUUUUUGUCGUGCACCACCGGCGACUCCAUGAUCUCUUCGACCCCGCGCUCACGUGCGCGAUCUGCCCCACUGGCUCGGGCCAGGAUGUUUUCGCCUCGCAGUUGCCGCGCCUCGAUCUGAUGGCUUGCCUGUGUGGCCAGAAUUUCGGCCGUGAUAUGCUUGGGCGUUGCGUGCCCUUGGAGGCGGCGCUGCAGGCGCCAGAGAUCUCCCCGAGCGAGGGUUUCCACUCCCCCGGCACGCCAGUGCACCUGGCGCACUCGGUUCUGGACGGCGAGUUGGACACCCCUUGGUUGCUGGAGGUGCGCUACGAGCUGGGCAUGAAGGGCCUGUCCGCCGCGGCGCCCUCUUGCGUAUCCUCGCCCGUGUUCGAUGGUGACCUCGAUGUCGUCCAGAGGCAGGAGACGACAGAGAUCCGCGCGGUGCUGUGCCACCCGCUCCACUACGCCUCGGCAGUGGCGGUCGCUACACUUAUCGGGAAUGACCAUAUGGCCCCUCCAGAGUGCACGAAGACGGGCACGGUGUCGGAGUCCACGGACUCCAUCUGGGCACUCAACGUGACCCUGGAGCUCACUGUCAGCGGCGUGUCUGAUGCCACGAUCUACUACGUCCUGGACGGGGUGGAAGAGGUGUAUCGCGGGCCCGUCGUCCUCACCGCGCCAGGCUUUGGACAGAUACAGACGUGGGCGAAAAAAAGUGGGUUUGACGACAGCGUCAAAGCGACCUGCUCGUACGCCAUCGAUGGUGAGGCGCGGGCCACCAUCGCCCCCGUGUGGCCGCAGCCAAACGUGCAACUGGGGGGCUUCGUGUCCGCCGACCAGGCGUUUCUGGUGCAGCGGGGGGCGAGCUCGGUGGAGUUCGAGCUGGGCCCGGGCGGUGGCACGCUGCAGCAGCCGGCGCGGUUCCAGUGGCGUGCGUGGCGCCUCGGGGAGCCGGGGCGCUGGAGGGACGACAUGCCCGUCCACUUGCCCGUGGACUGGAGCUCGGAGGCGGGGGCCGAUCGGGUGCUGAAGGUGGAGUGCCGCGUGAAGGAGGCGGGCCACGUGUGGUCGACGCCAGCGAGCUUCCAAUUCCUCGUGCUGGGGCUCACGGAUCCGCCGCUUGUCCAGGCCUCCCCGAGCCAGGCGUGGGGCGUCGGCGCGCAGUGGGGCGAGGGACCCGCGAGGGAGGCGGCGCUGCAGCAGGUCCACCGGGUGACCAUCGAGCGCCCGGAGCGCGGCGCGUUCGUCUACUUUGCCGUCACCCACGGCUCGUGGGACAUGGGCGGGCACCGCCUUCUCGCGGUCAGCACCUCCGACGUGGCCUCCGUGGCUGCCGGCGGGGUCGUGGAGCGCUUCGAGGAGCACCACCUCUCCGGCCAUGCGCCGGAGGAUGUCCAGGAGCAGUGCGACCCCGCGCGCGGGUCGCCCGACAGUCCGCGCCUCUGCGCGUACGACGGCGUCUUCGAGGUCUUCGGCGGUCUCACGGUCACGGCCUUCGCGUGGGCGGGCGGCUCGCUCGAGAGCGCGGCGGUGGCCGAGCUCGUGCCGUUGCGGCUGGACCCCAGGCGCGACGACCCAGAAUUCCAGGCCACGGUGGUCAAUCGCGGCAGCUCUUGGGUGGACAUCAGCGGUGUUCCUGCGCUGAAGGUUCUUCCCUCCAGCGCCGUCCGUCUGGACGUCCAGCUGAGUUACGACGGCGAGGGCUCGGCGGCGCAGACGUGCAUCCUGGCCUCCCGAUUCAGCCACUCGGGCGGCUCCGUGGACGUGGCUGCGACUUUGGACGGCUGCUCUUGGUCAGAAUACAACGGCCCAAUGAGCGUGCAGCUGGCCAGCGCCGCCGAGGGUGCCGGGCUCGGCCCAGGCGAGAGCGUGAACGUGACCGUGCUCACGACGGUGCGGCGGGCGGGGUACCUGUGGGCGUACCCGACAGGCGUGAGCUUCCUCUUGCUGCGGGAGAGGACGGAGGCUCCGUCGGUCUCUGGGGUGCAGGGGUCGACGGCCAGCGCGAAGGUGAUGGCGAUGGUGUGGCUGACUGGGCAGGCCUUCGGCUCGAGCCCCGAGUGCUAUUUCACUGUGCACCACGAGCAGGUGCCCGAGGGGAUCUCGCUCGCAGAGGUGCCGGAGGCGACGGUCACUGUCGCCGACUGGCCCAGCGCCCUCAAGGCCACGAGCGUUCGGAGCAGCGCGGCCAUCAGAGAGACCUGGGAAGAGGACGUGGGCUCCUGCGCCUGGGGCGACGGGAAGAUCUGCCGGCUGGAGCUGGACGAGACCGAGCGGGGUCGGCGAAUCCAGACGAGCGCGGACCUGCCCUAUGUGUGUGCUUGGGCCGUCGUGCGCGGGCGCCUGGGCUCCGCGCCGACGUGCGUCCGGAUGGACGCCGGCGCACUCAGGGCGCCGGUGGCGCCCAGCUUCGUGCCGCGCUCCGCCGCCGACGCGGCGCGGGCCGGGGCCGCCGCCUCCCUCGCUGGGAGCCUCGGCGCCCUCGGUGGCGACGCGGUCACCCUGGGCGGCGGAGCCGCCGCGCGCUCGCGCUGGGCGGGCGCGGGCGGACGCUCCGGCGCCGCAGGCUUGCCGGUGUUCUUGAACGACAGCCUCCCGCUGCAGCACCGCCACGCGGCGGUGGCGGUGGACGCGGCCGCACUUCUGGCCGGCACGCCCGCCGAGCAGCUGCUGGACGGGGCGACGUUCACAGAGCCGGUCCUGCUGGGGUCGGCAGAGGUGCCGGUGACGGUGCCCCACCCUGCUGGCGCCUCCGGCUCCGACCACGUGCUCUUCGCCGUGAGCACGAGGUCCCUGGAGUAUGUUGCCGACGGGCUGAAGCAGUGGGGCCAGGAGGGCCUCCACUUGUGUGUCGCGCUGCAGGGGCAGCACCCUCCGCUCGGCAUGGAGCGCACUGGCAGGACCGUGCGGCUGCAGAGCCCUCGGGCCGGGAGUUCCAUCCUCUUCCGCUGGAGCUCUGGCAAGCUGGAGGAGCCGCUGGCAGCAGAUGGCGGCCCGGCGGUGGGCCUCGAGGUGGGCUUCGCCUCGCUGCAGGAAGCCUACCAGAUCCGCGUGCAGGUGGUGCAGCACGACCCGAACGUCACCCUGCCACAGUGCUUCCUGGCGGCGGGCGCGUCCAGCGCCCAAGCGCCUGUCCUGUGCCAGGGCGGCGAGAGCGUAGACGUGGAGCCCCCAGACGGUGGCAG